AUGGAAGCUGCUGGCAGCCUUCACGUUUUCGGAUUGUCCGGCAAUCUGCUGGCAACAGCUCCGGACAAGAUACUUCAAGCCAUCAGUGCAGACUUCGCUGCUGGAUUGAAGACCCACUUGCAGCUAAAGACGGGAAUUCCUUCCGUUCGGCAGCGGCUUUUCUGGGGCGAAGCAGAGGUCUGUCUGCCGACAUGCCCCUGGGAUGAUUCUGCUCUGCCUGUGAAUCUGCAGAUGGUUAUCAUGCCAUUGCGUCAAGACAAAAUUGGAGAGCUUCACGCUGCCGUUGCAUUGGGCAAAUUGGAGAAUGUCCAGCAGCUUCUCUCGGAGGGGCAGGAUCCGAACUUGCCGGGCAAAGAGGGCGUGACACCCCUGCUGAUUGCCGCUGAUCGUCGCCGUUUACAGAUCGCUGCUGCUUUGACUGAGGCUUCUGCAAACCCGAACAUUCCAGGCGAAGCCGAGGGUGGUGGUGCGACCCCACUAAUUGCUGCAGCUGCACACGGAGACACUCGCAUGGUACAGCACUUGCUACAUGCCCGAGCCAGUCCGGACUUGUCAGGCUCUGAUGGAAAAUCCCCGCUUCUAACGGCAACAUUGCAUGGCCACCUCGCAGUCGUAGAAUGCUUGGUUGGAGCUCUUUGCGACAUUGACAGGCCUGUGGUUGGACAAGCAUGUACCAAUCCACUCUUCAGCGCGGCGGAAAGCAACCAUUCGCGGAUUGUUGCAGCGCUCCUCCGAGCAAGGGCUGACAUCGACUGGCAAAACAUGGAGGGCAAGACACCGUUGUGGUGCGCCGUUGCCAAUGGCAGCCUGCAAUCUGCCAGAUGCUUGAUUAGAGCUGGCGCCAGUACGAACUGUCCAGAUCAGCACGGGGAUGCCCCAUUGUGGGUUGCAGCUGCGUGUGGACAGUCUGAAGCAGUAGACUGCUUGAUCGCGGCACGGGCUGAUGUCAACCAAGCGGCAGGGAACGGCCAGUCGCCAUUGUGCAUGGCAGCCCUCAGGUGCGACCUGCCGGUCUUGCGUUCUCUAAUGAGAGCGGGGGCCGACCAAAGGCCUGACCGACAAGGCAGAACACCGGCGGAGGUUACCCUCAGCCCCGAGGUGAAGAAGGAGUUGCAUGGACAGAGGCACCGUUGUCGCCAGACAUUCCGACAAG